UGUUAUUUCGGAUUGUUUUUAUCUCUUUUCAUCACCUCGUUGAUUUAUUAUUUUUGCUUUUGGAGCUGCUUUUUUUAAUUGCUUUCUGAAAAUGUCACCUUCCUGAAAGGUUUUAAGUAGAUUUGGUGCUGAUAUAAAUUUGUGAUUCCUCUUUUUUAUAUUAUCUUUCAGUGAGUUUUAGUAUCUGGUAACAUCGCAGGUCCAUCCCUUCAUAACUUAAAAUAAAUACGUUUUAUUCAUUUUGAUGGUGGUUUAGUGUGAAACCCACUUUGGUUUGUCUACCCUGGUCCCUGUCUGGCCUGGAUCUGGCCUGGCUUGGUCCAGCUUUUGUGUUCAGCUGAGACCUGAGACAGUCCAUGCAGCGCUACCGCCACUAUGGCACCUCCUGCUCCUCCUCACCCUCCUCAGUUCCUGUAGAAGAGGUCCACGCUGAAGAGGAGGUGUACACCGAAGAGGAGGUGUAUGAGGAAGAGGCAGAGCUGCUGAUGCAGGAGGAGGAGGAGGAGGAGGAGCCUGUGGUCCAGGAGACAGGAGGCGUUGAUGAGGAGGAGGUCCCACAGGCGAAGGAGGAAGUGAAGCCUGUCAAAGAGGAGACAGAGGGGAAGACGCCGCCGGUGGAAAGCAAGAAUGGAAAGAGGACAGAGAGAGGAGGAGGAGGAGGAGGAGGAGGAGAUGCAGGAGGAGGUUCUAAGUACUCCAUGUUCACCUGGUUUGUGGUCCUGGCUCUGCUGGGAGUCUGGAGCUCUGUGGCUGUGGUCUACUUCGACAUCGUGGACUACGACAGCGUGAUCGGGAAACUGACGGCCUACGACACGGAUGGAGACGGAGACUUUGACGUGGAAGAUGCUAAAGUUCUGCUCGGCCUGAAAGAGCCAGAGACGCCACAUGUGGGAGAUUCACCUGAGCAGAAAGCAGAAACCUCCGAGCCUGUGGUCGAAGCAACCAAUCGUCAAGCUUCAGAGCCUCAGGGGGCGCAGCCAACAGAGGCCAGAACACCACCUGAGGAGACUGCAUCAGUUUCAGAGAGCGGCGGCUCACCUGUCCACCGUGAUGAUGGAGUCUCUAGAUCUCAGGAUGUGGAGUCUGAAAUCCAAGCUGCUGUUCCUCUCCCUCCAGUGGUGGAAGAUGACUUUGUGCCAGAUGAUCCUCGAGACAGCGCACGUCCCUACGAGGAUCGGGCUGACGCCAUAGACACAACUGGAGUUCUGGUGGAGGAGCCGCUGCCAGAGGAGAGCGUGGUGGAGUCUGGACAAGACUUAUCGAGCUCCAAACUCACACAGGAAGCAGAUCCAGUUGUAGAAGCAGAGAACCAGUCAGGACCACCAGUAGAACCAGUGGAUACACAGAGUGAACCACCGGAGCCGGACAGUGGCUCAGAGGCCGAGGGAGCAACACGGAAACAGAACGAAGAGAAGCUCAAAGAAAAAGCGAAGAAGAAGAAACCAAAACUGUUGAAUAAGUUUGAUAAAACCAUUAAAGCAGAAAUUGACUCUGCAGAAAAGCUUCGCAAGAAGGGUAAGCUGGAGGAGGCCUUAAGAGCGUUCGAGGCGCUGGUGCUGCUGCAUCCACAGAGCCCCCGCGCUCGCUACGGAAAAGCCCAGGCGGAGGACGACCUGGCUGAGAAGCUGCGUAGCAACGACAUGCUGCAGAGAGCCAUUAACAGCUACAGAGAAGCUGCUGAGCUUCCUGAUGUGACCUCUGACCUCCUGAGAGCGGCACUGAAGAGACGAGCUGAGAGACAGCAGUUCCUGGGUCGGAUGCGUGGAUCUCUGGCGACUCUGGAGAGGAUGACUCAGAUCUUUCCGGAAGACAUCGGCCUGAAGAACGACCUGGGCGUUGCCCAUCUGUUGCUAGGAGACAACAAGGGCGCCAAAAAGGUGUAUGAAGAGGUCCUGGCAGUUUCCCCCGGCAACGGCUUCGCUAAAGUUCACUACGGCUUCAUCCUGAAGUCCGAGAACAAGAUAGCAGAGAGUAUACCGUACCUGAGGGAGGGUCUGGAGUCAGGCGAACCGGGGACGGAUGACGGGCGUUUCUAUUUCCACCUGGGCGACGCCCUGCAGAGGGUCGGAGACAAAAGUGCCUAUCACUGGUAUGAGUUGGGUCACAAACGAGGCCAUUUUGCCUCAGUGUGGCAGAGAUCUCUGUACAACGUGGACGGACUGAAGGCCCAGCCCUGGUGGACGCCUAAAGAGACGGGAUACACCAAUCUGGUCAAGACGUUAGAGAGGAACUGGAGGACGAUCAGGGACGAGGCUCUGGCUGUGAUGGACCAGAACACCAGAUCGUUCGUACCUGAGGAGGAGAAUCUGAGAGAGAAAGGAGAGUGGGGCCAGUACACACUCUGGCAACAAGGGAAAAAAGCUGGAAAUUCCUGUCAGGGCGUCCCAAAAACCUGCUCACUGCUGGAGAGGUUCCCUGAAGCUACAGGCUGCAAGAGAGGACAGAUCAAGUUCUCGGUCAUGCAGCCAGGAACUCAUGUGUGGCCUCAUACCGGUCCCACUAACUGCCGACUGAGGAUGCACCUCGGACUCGUCAUCCCCAAGCAAGGCUGCAGGAUCCGCUGCACCAACCAGACCAGGGAAUGGGAGGAGGGUAAAGUCCUCAUCUUCGACGACUCCUUCGAGCACGAGGUUUGGCAGGACGCCGACAGUUACCGCCUCAUCUUCAUCGUGGACGUUUGGCACCCGGAGUUAACGGCGUACCAGCGCCAGACCCUGAGCCCCAUUUAGAUCAACCCGACCACGCCCGAGGACCAGGGACAGGCGGAUGAACCCGGACCCGGUAAGAACAGCUGAUUCUUCUUCUGUGGAUAAAAUGCUAAAAACACUGACGAGUCGCACGAACCUGAGAAGAAUCCGAAGUUCGACCGACGGACUGACCGGUGAUUAUUGUUGCUUUUUUUUGUGGAUAAACUACUAAACUUGUGGAAGACUGUGGAAGAAUCAAACCGUCAGACUGAAGGAUGGAAAAGACAAACAAAGUUACUACUGACUUUACGACCUUUCACCAAAAAACAAACGGUACCUGUCUCACCUGAGCGACCCGGGUUCCCCCUGCUCAGACCGGGUUCAGGGGUGAUCUUCUGAUGGAUUUCAACAUGUAUUUUCUAGAUCUGGAAAUGUUUUGGAUGUCAUCUGCAGGAGUGUUUUUCUGAAUGUAGAGAUGUUACUGAGCCUCACACCAAAACCAGCCCUCUGGUGCUUCAUGCCUUCAUGUCAGUGUUUGGAGCUGACUCGUUAAAACACUAAAACGCAGAGCAGAUCGAGGGAAUCUCCCUCACGACACUUUAAGAAGUCUCACCUCAGUUGUGACGAAGUUGUGGAAAUGUUGUCGUUCAUGAAACAAGAAGCCUUAAUUUUAGCUCGACCACUAUGCAUUUCUUCAGUUUAUCCAGCCGUGUUUUUAGCUUCACUUUUUCAUCACUUUUGCACAGUAACAAGGAAACACAAGAUGUUGUGAAAGAUGAUUUAUAUUUAUACUAAAAAUAAAAAAAAUGCUG